CGCAAACACCCAACAAGUGGAUUAUCUCUUCGUUUCUAGCUAGCUCUAAUUGGGCUGAUUAGUCCUUUUCUACCAUCUAUCCUUUUUUCCAUUUCUGUACACUAAAGAACAAUGGGUUCUGUAGAAAUGGAGGCUCCGACAAUCUAUGAAGGAGAUAUAAAGGAAGACGAACUUUCUCCGGUGGAGGAAGUCCGGCUAACCGUACCGAACACCGACGACCCGACCCUGCCGGUAUGGACCUUCAGAAUGUGGGUCCUAGGACUGCUCUCCUGCGUCCUCCUCUCCUUCCUCAACCAGUUCUUUUCUUACAGGAAGGAGCCGCUGAUCAUCACCCAGAUCACGGCGCAGGUGGCCACACUCCCCAUCGGCCGGUUCAUGGCCGCCACGUUGCCGACGGCGAAGUUCCGAGUCCCAGGGUUCGGGUCCCGGGAAUUCUCGCUUAACCCGGGUCCGUUUAACAUGAAGGAACACGUUCUGAUCACCAUUUUUGCGAACGCUGGGUUUGCCUUUGGAGAUGGAACUGCUUACGGGGUUGGGAUUGUGAACAUUAUAAUCGCUUUUUAUCGGAGGAAAAUCUCCUUGUACACUGGUUGGCUUCUUAUUCUUACCACACAGAUUCUUGGGUAUGGCUGGGCUGGACUUCUACGAAAAUACGUAGUUGAGCCAGCUCACAUGUGGUGGCCAAGCAACCUUGUACAAAUCUCACUAUUCCGGACACUUCAUGAAGAGGAAAACGAAGAAGAUGACAAGAAGCGGCAUAUGUCCCGUUCAAAAUUCUUCGUGAUUGCCCUAACUUGCAGCUUCUGCUGGUACUUGUUCCCUGGCUAUCUCUUCCAGAGCCUUCAGAGCAUUUCCUGGGUUUGCUGGGCAUUCCCCAGAUCUGUGACUGCACAGCAGAUUGGUUCUGGGAUGAAUGGCCUGGGCCUUGGAGCACUCACACUAGACUGGUCAACAAUAGCCUCAUUUCUGUUCAGCCCUCUUGUUAGCCCAUUCUUUGCCAUUGCAAACGUGUUUGUGGGCUAUGUGAUUGCGAUGUAUGUUGUGAUUCCUGUGUUCUAUUGGGGGUUCAAUGUGUACAAUGCCAAGAACUUUCCGAUCUACUCGUCGGACUUGUUCACUGCGCAAGGGCAAAUGUAUAACAUAUCCGCCAUUGUUAAUGAGAGGUUUGAGCUUGAUGAAGGUGGAUAUGCUAAGCAAGGGAAGAUCCAUUUGAGCAUCAUGUUUAGUACUUUGACUUAUGGGUUUGGGUUUGCCACAGUUGCAUCUACACUUUCUCAUGUUGGAGUGUUUUAUGGAAGAGAGAUUUAUGAUCGAUAUCGAGCUUCUUCAAAUGAAAAGGUGGAUAUUCAUACAAGAUUGAUGAGAAAGUACAAAGACAUACCUUCUUGGUGGUUUUACCUACUUCUUUUAGUGACAAUGAUUGUUUCACUUGCAAUGUGUAUCUUCUUGAAAGAGGAGGUCCAGAUGCCAUACUGGGGGCUGCUGCUUGCAGCUGCUGUUGCUUUCAUCUUUACCCUACCCAUUAGUAUCAUUACUGCUACCACAAACCUGACACCAGGACUAAAUAUCAUAACAGAGUACAUUAUGGGUGUGAUCUAUCCUGGAAGACCCAUAGCUAAUGUUUGCUUCAAGACCUAUGGUUACAUGAGCAUGGCUCAAGCUGUUUCUUUCCUUAGUGACUUCAAGUUGGGUCAUUACAUGAAGAUUCCUCCAAGGUCAAUGUUCUUGGUUCAGUUCCUUGGAACCAUCAUUGCUGGAACAACCAACAUCCUUGUUGCCUGGUGGCUCUUACAUUCUAUAGACAACAUAUGCCACCAGGACAAGUUCUCAAACAGUCCCUGGACCUGUCCUGGUUCCCAUGUCUUCUAUGAUGCAUCUGUAAUCUGGGGACUGGUUGGUCCCAAGAGGAUUUUUGGCUCUCUUGGAGACUACUCUGCCCUCAACUGGUUCUUUCUCGGAGGAAUUUUAGGCCCAGUUCUAAUAUGGCUCCUCCACAAAGCAUUCCCUUCACAGACAUGGAUUACCCUCAUCAACCUCCCUGUUCUUCUUGGAGCAACUUCCCAGAUCCCACCGGCAACUUCCUUAAACUACACUUCCUGGAUUUUGGUUGGGACUGUGUUCAACUUCUUUGUGUUUAGGUACCGGAAGAAAUGGUGGCAGAGGUAUAACUAUAUUCUGUCGGCGGCGUUAGAUGCCGGCGUUGCAUUCAUGGCGGUGUUUCUGUACUUCACGGUGGGGUUGGAGAACAAGAAUGUGUCAUGGUGGGGGACCAAUGACCCUGAACAUUGUGAUCUUGCUACUUGUCCCACGGCUAAGGGUAUAUUGGUGGAGGGUUGCCCUACAUUUUAGUGUAUGUAAACAUUUGUGUAUUAUAUUAUAAGCUAGCACUUAUAUAAAUAUACACAGAGAUAUUAGUUGGGCAUAUAACAAACAAUGAACAAAGUCGCUUUUACUUAAAAUUGUAUUA